GUAACUAAAUUUAUUUCUCCCACGUUUGUGCCACCAUUUGUGCCAGCGCUGGUUCUCAUACCACCUUUCAUUUUUGGACCGUCGAGAUAGUUAGAUCGUGUCUUCUGACGGUCGUCGUUUUUUUUAACAAUGACGUCCAAAGUAUCGCGUGACACUCUUUACGAGUGCGUAAACGGAGUCAUCCAGAGCUCCAAAGACAAGAAGCGUAAGUUUCUGGAGACAGUGGAGCUCCAAAUUGGAUUGAAGAACUAUGACCCGCAGAAAGACAAACGUUUCUCAGGCACGGUCAAGUUGAAGAACAUCCCAAGACCAAAAAUGCAAGUAUGCAUUCUUGGAGAUCAACAGCAUUGUGACGAAGCCAAGGCUAACAAUGUUCCUUUCAUGGACGCCGAGGCUCUUAAAAAACUAAACAAGAACAAAAAACUCGUCAAGAAGCUCGCCAAAAAAUACGACGCAUUCUUGGCCAGUGAGUCGUUGAUCAAGCAGAUCCCACGUCUGCUGGGUCCGGGUUUGAACAAAGCCGGUAAAUUCCCUGGGCUUUUGUCUCAUCAGGAAUCAAUGAUGGGCAAAAUCGACGAAGUCAAGGCUACCAUCAAGUUCCAGAUGAAGAAAGUACUCUGUUUGUCUGUCGCAGUCGGCCACGUUGAGAUGUCCGAAGAUGAGCUCGUUCAGAACGUUCACUUGUCGAUCAACUUCCUUGUCUCUCUGCUGAAGAAGCACUGGCAGAACGUACGCUCUCUUCACAUAAAAUCUUCGAUGGGUCCUCCUCAACGAUUGUACUGAUUUAUUUUAAUAUUAUUGAUUAAAAUUAUCGAUGCCGACUCUGUCAUCUUGUUAGCAUCUUUUUAUUCAAUUGAAUAAUAAAUUUAUUUAAAAAUUA